GAAACACAAAAACCACAAAACACUAGAAAAUUAAACCAUCAUGGUUAAGACAAAGACAGAGAUAAUAUUCUUCAUUUUGUUUCUUGUUUUUCUAUUGAAGUCUCUUGGAAGUGCAAAUGAUGAUGAGAAGAAUAAUAUUCUUGAAGAUGAAAUUUGGUCAGAUUUUGAUGACAUUAUUUAUAAUGAAGAUGAAGAUGAAGUAUGGAGAAAUGGUAGAGGCAAUAAAAAUCUUGUUAAUGUAGAUACUUGUGGUGCAGUUGGUGAUGGAACUUCAGAUGACACUAAGGCAUUUGAAGAUGCAUGGAAAGAAGCUUGUUCAAAAAGAAGACCAGUUUUUAUGGUCCCUUCAGGACGCACUUAUCUAGUAAAUGCAACCAAGUUCAAUGGACCUUGUGCCAACGGAUUGAUUAUCCAGAUUGAAGGAACCAUAGUAGCACCAAGUGAUCCAGAGACUUGGGAUCCAAAGAGUGCAAAAGCUUGGCUUGUGUUUUCUAAUUUGACAGGAGUUACAUUCCAAGGAAAUGGAAUUAUUGAUGGAUCAGGAAGCAAAUGGUGGGAAGCAUCAUGCAAGAAGAACAAGUCCAAUCCUUGCAAAUCAGCACCAAGAGCAUUAACCAUAGACUCAAGCUCAGGUAUAAGGGUGAAGGGCCUUACAUUCCAGAAUAGCCAACAGAUGCAUUUUGUAAUUUCGCGAUCGAACUCUGUACGCGUAAAUGGUGUUAAGGUUUCUUCUCCUGGAGAUAGUCCUAAUACUGAUGGAAUCCAUAUAAGUGAAUCAACAAAUGUUGUACUCCAAGACUGCAAAAUUGGAACAGGUGAUGAUUGUAUAUCAAUUGUCAAUGCUAGUUCCAAUAUCAAGAUGAAGAAAAUCUUCUGUGGUCCUGGCCAUGGAAUCAGCAUUGGGAGCCUUGGUAAGGACGAUUCCAUCGGUGUAGUGAACAGAGUAGUACUGGACACAGCAUUCCUCAAAGGUACCACAAAUGGCCUCAGAAUCAAAACAUGGCAGGGAGGAUCAGGCUAUGUUCGAACAGUCCGAUUCCAAAAUGUACAGAUGGAAGAUGUUUUGAAUCCAAUCAUCAUCGAUCAAUUCUAUUGUGACUCACAAAAACCUUGCCAAAAUCAGACAUCUGCAGUUGAGAUAAGUGAAGUACUCUAUCGAAACAUUAGUGGAACAACAAAGAGCAAAAAGGCGAUGAAAUUCGCGUGUAGUGACACCGUGCCCUGCAGCCACAUUACUCUGGACAAUGUCAACUUAGAGGCUAGAGAUGGUACUGCUGAAGUAUACUGCAACUCCGCCACGGGCAUUAUAGCCGGUUAUGUUCAUCCAGAAGCACAGUGUCUCAACUCAGAUGACAAGAAAAUUGAGCAGAAAAUUGAAGAAUAUAAUGUUCAUAAUGAACUAUGAUUUAGCUUCAUUUGUCUUCAAUCUAUAAUGAAUAUUGAAGCAUAUAUUUUGAUGAUUAUGAAGCACAUAGUAUAGUAAGUAUUCAUUUGUGUUAUCUCAGAUCUUGAGAUUCCUAGCUUAGAUAUAAGCUAGCUAAAUAUUGUUUUUACAAAGGAUGUCUUUGAGAUUAAAAUUUUUAUGUAAUAUACUUUUACUUAUUGCAGUU